AUGGCUCAACCUUCACCGGGAAGGAAAUGUAUCACACUGGGCGGUUUCGACUACUUGGUCCAAUUUCCCACGCAAAUCCCUGGCCAUUACGAGCUCGAACACUUGCUGGAGCCUACAGGCGCGAAUAGGGUACCUGCGACGCAGGAGACGCCGACUCCCAAGGGGACAGAUGUGGGGAUACAGGGAGCGAACGAGACGAACAGCAACUAUCUAGCCCGCCGCAAAUUGAGACAGCUGAACACCGGCAUGGCUGAACCGCGGGUUCGACUUACCCGUCAUCAAGGUCAACUGAACUUUGGAAAUGAGCUACGCCACCUCCUCCAUGCCUAUGGAGAUCCAGCCCCCCACUCUUCCUACCCCCAGGAACCCCUCCCAGAAACCCUGCGCGUCCUCGACGAGAUCGUAACAGACUUCAUAAUCGAAACAUGCCACUCCGCGGCACAAUGCGCUACCUACUCCCGCCGUCAGAAAAUCAAAGUGGACGACUUCCGCUUUGCACUACGCCGUGACCCUGUCAAUUAG